AGUUUUGGAUCCUGGACUUGGAUCCAGGUUAAUUUCCCACUGAUCAAAUCAAUGUCUUAAUUAGACUUUUUAGCUUUAUUUCUCAUGUUGAUUUUUAAAAAAAAUAUUUGUACAGAACUGUGGGUAUGAAAUUGUUUAAUUCAAUGAAAUCAUGUCUAAAAAAAUAUAUCUGUACGGUGCUCCGCCCACUCCUCCUGUCAAUCACAUCUGAUAAGGCUAGCUCCCAGAAAAGCGUCAGCGUUUUUUUGUUUGUUUGUUUUUUAACUCUGCAGUGUAAGCACUGAUUGGCUGAUUUUGGUUCUCACCUGAUUGACAGCCCGUGUUCAAAAAUAUCACAAAUCUGAAAAUGCACUCCAUCUGUACAGAAGAAAAUGUUCUCGUAAGACCUGGUCUUAAAGGAAGAGCAUCACGUCCUAUUAAGAAAAUGAAUCCAUCUCUAUCUACAUCUAAAUAAAUUAUGAUGGAUUCGUGGGUUAAGGAGGCGGAGCCUGCAUUAACACGCACAGAUUCUUCUGAUUGUUUUUGCUUUGUUUAACGGUGUUUUCUGUUUAUUCUUUUGAUUGUUUUUAAAAGAAAUCGUCUAAAAAGGGUUUAAAUCAACACGAUCUGAUUUCGUUUCUGAUCGCAUAUUUAAUACUAAUUCACAAAUCUUUAAUCUGAAAUUAUAUAAAAGGUUUCUCGAGGUUGAGUGUGUCUUCUGGUUUAUAUUCUGUGUUUGUCUGCACGUCAGCGGAGAGUCACGAGUUUUUAUUAUUUUAAGUUUUUUGUUGUUGUUUGUUUUAAACUGUGGACCAGAAGUUUUCAUGUUCUUUUUGUGUUUGCGCCCCCACCUGAUGACUGCUGGGAUUAGCGACCUCCCCCCUACAUCCCCGAGAAGGAGUCAGGUUUAAAAGAUCAGCGUAUGAAUCAUCAGUGAAGGAAAAAAGAUCAGUAAAGUAAAAAAAAAGACCUGAAACUAAAACAGAAUCAUUUCCCCCCCUUACUAAGUUUGGCGCCGCCAGACGCCCCCUACUGGAGUAAUCUGCUUCUUCACCCAGGAUUCACUUUUACAUUCGGUGUAAAAUUCUGUCAAGUUACACAUAUUUAAAAAACAAAAACGAAAAGAAAAGUUUAUUACAAAUAUAAGGCUAACAAAACAACUCUGACGGUAGUAACUUAGUAAAUAACCAUUUGUACAGGUUUUACCUAAACCUAUCGGAAGUUGUGUUUUAAUAUUGGCGGAAGUCGGUUUGUUGUUUCCGUUCAGUCUCAUGGCCGCAGCGAGCAUUCAAACUUCAGGUCCGUGGUUGCUGCUCCUGCAGCUGCUGCUGUUCCAAAGUCUUCCAUGCGACGCCGGGGACAGCCGUCACAACGACACCAGCGGGGACAGCCGUGAAUCCAUGUAUAAUCACUUUCUGCAAGUGCAGGAUCACAGUCACGACCCCGCUCAUCCCGACCGCCACACCCCAGACUGUCAGCCCGUUAUCCAUGGCACCGGCAGCUAUGAGAGCUGGCCUGGCAGUAACCAUAGCAACGUACCUGUGGCCGACUCCCUGCUCUUUGUGACCGACAUUCCAGAAGAAUCGAAAUACGUUUAUGGACGUCUGACGCGGGUGCAUGACCCACUGAGGACCGUCUCGGUGUUGGAGCCGGGCGGGCCGGGCGGCUGCGGGAUGAACCUCAUGGUCUCAGUGGAGGAAACAGCCCAGGCCGCCGGGUGUUUAUACGCCCAGAAUGCCGGCUUCUUCCACGUGGACACUAGGCAGUGUUUAGGCAACAUUAUCAGCAACGGACAGAUGGUGCAGGAGAGCAACGGCGUACAGAAUGCCCAGUUUGGAAUCAGGAAAGACGGCACCCUGGUGUUCGGGUAUCUGUCUGAGGAGGAUGUGAUGGACCAGUCAAACCCAUUUGUCCAGCUUGUGACGGGCGUGGUGUGGCUCCUGAGGAACCGUGAAGUUUACAUCAACCAAAGUCUGGAGGCGGAGUGUGACAAGACUCAGGAGACAGGUUCACUGAGCACAUUUGUGAACGUGUUGUCGGCUCGAACAGCAGUGGGUCACGAUGCUGAAGGAAAACUGGUUCUGUUUCACUGUGAAGGACAAACGGGGGUCAGAGGGAUGAGUUUGUGGGAGGUUGCAGAGUUUCUGAAGAAUUAUGGAGUGAUCAAUGCCAUAAACCUGGACGGAGGCGGUUCAUCCACCUUCGUGAUUAAUGGAACUUUGGCGAGUUAUCCCACAGAUCACUGUGCUUCAGACGGCAGGUGGCGCUGCGGCCGGCGCGUCUCCACCAUCCUGUGUGUGCAUCCACGUCGCUGUCAGCCACCAGACUGCAGCGGACACGGUGACUGUGUGGACGGACGCUGUCAGUGUCAGCGUGGCUGGGAGGGCGUGGCCUGUGAUGCUCUGACGUGUCAGCCGUCAGAAUGCGGCGCACACGGCGUCUGCACGGCAGACGGUUGUUUGUGCGACGCGGGAUGGCAGGGACAGAACUGCAGCCAAGAGUGCCUCCCUGGUUUCUAUGGUGACAACUGCAAACAAAGGUGCACGUGUGCUAACGGGGCUUCCUGUGACAACGUGCACGGACGCUGCUUCUGUCCUCCCGGUUUCCAUGGAGAUUUUUGUGAAAAAGUUUGUCCUCUGGGAUUCUUUGGGAUUUCUUGUUCUCAGAAGUGUGUGUGUGAUUAUCAGUGUCUGUGUGACGCACAGACAGGAAGCUGUAACAAUACGCAGCAGCCAGACUACAACCACACAGCUGUUCAGUGUUUGGUCAAUCAGAUGAAGAAGUCAUGGAGAAGACAGGAUGAGGAAGGUCACAGAGGUCAGACAGAGCCGCCUUACCUGUCAGAACGUUGGUGGCUUGUUAUCACCCUGACUCUCACGUCUUUACUGUCCCUCAGUCUCCUCCUCCACUUCCUAAAACAACCAGCCUGUCCUGGUUUGGCCGCCGUCCACCUCGCCAAACGUCAGGAUUACUCCUACAUCCCACUGGGAGACAUCAGUGAAGCAGCUUCACGGGCUGAAGCCCACAUGAACGAGUCCAGGACUCUGGGCGAGGAGAUGGAAGACUCAGACCCUGAGGAAGAAAUCAGGUUGUAGUGGUGCAGAAGGACAUCGUAGUUAAGGGGAGGGGUGCUGUUUCUGCUCGGCAGGGCGUUAAAGCAGGAACGGUGCUGUUGUCACUGACAGACAUCAGUGUCUUCACUGAACUUUGAACUCUUUAAUCUCAGGUCCAUACUAACAAAAGCAUUAACAUCCAGCUGUAUAUCAGGGGUCAACACGAGCCUUGGUCGUAACACAGCUUCUGAUGGUGAAGCAGCAGAGAAGACGUCCAGGUAUUAUAAUCAUCUUUUAAUUCCAGUGAUUUGUCUAAUCCUCAUUUUAAUGCCAAAAUACUGGAAUUAAAAAGAAAAUGUUGUCCUGAAAAAUAUUUUAUUAAAAAAAAAGUUGGUUGUCUUAGGAUAUGAUUCUUGUUGGUGCAAGAAUA